CCGGGGGAGGUGGGAGAGGCCACGCCGAGGGACCAUGUCCGGGACAGCGGGCACGGCCAUCUGCCUGCUGCGCUGUGACCUGCGCGCCCACGACAACCAGGUGCUCCACUGGGCUCAGCACAACGCGGAUUUCGUGAUUCCCCUCUACUGCUUCGACCCGCGGCACUACCUGGGCACUCACUGGCACGGCUUCCCGAAGACGGGACCCCACAGGCUCAGGUUUCUGCUGGAAAGUGUGAAGGAUCUGAGGGAAACGCUCAAGAAAAAAGGAAGUACCCUGGUUGUGAGGAAGGGGAAGCCAGAAGAUGUGGUCCGUGAUCUGAUUACUCAGCUGGGCUCUGUCAGCGCUGUGGUUUUCCACGAAGAGGCCACGCAGGAGGAGCUGGAUGUGGAGAAGGGGCUGUGCCAAGUGUGUGGUCAGCACGGGGUGAAGAUUCAGACAUUCUGGGGGUCCACUCUUUAUCAUCGGGAUGAUCUUCCCUUCAGGCCUAUUGACAGGUUACCUGAUGUCUACACCCACUUCCGAAAAGCGCUGGAAUCCCAGGCCAAGGUCCGGCCAACCCUGCGGAUGGCAGAUCAGCUAAAGCCCCUGGCUCCAGGGCUGGAAGAAGGGAGUAUCCCUACAAUGGAGGAUUUCGGGCAGAAGGAUCCUGUGACUGACCCCCGAACAGCCUUCCCCUGCAGUGGAGGAGAGACCCAGGCUUUAAUGAGACUGCAAUAUUAUUUUUGGGACACGAACCUGGUUGCAUCUUACAAGGAGACUCGGAAUGGGCUGGUGGGAAUGGAUUACUCAACCAAAUUCGCACCAUGGCUGGCACUGGGCUGCAUCUCACCUCGGUACAUCUAUGAGCAGAUCCAGAAGUAUGAGAGAGAGAGAACAGCAAAUCAGAGCACAUACUGGGUCCUGUUUGAGCUGCUGUGGAGGGAUUACUUUCGGUUUGUGGCCCUGAAGUACGGCAGAAGGAUUUUCUCAUUAAGAGGGCUUCAAAGUAAAGAGAUCCCCUGGAAAAAGGACCUUCAGCUCUUCGACUGUUGGAAAGAGGGCAAAACUGGGGUUCCUUUUGUGGAUGCCAACAUGCGGGAGCUGAGUGCCACGGGCUUCAUGUCGAACAGAGGGCGGCAGAACGUCGCCAGCUUCCUCACCAAGUACCUGGGGCUGGACUGGAGGAUGGGGGCAGAAUGGUUCGAAUACCUGCUGGUGGAUUACGAUGUUUGUAGCAAUUAUGGCAACUGGUUAUACAGCGCUGGCAUUGGCACGGACCCACGGGACAACAGGAAGUUUAACAUGAUCAAACAAGGCCUGGAUUACGAUGGGAAUGGGGAUUACAUCCGGCUGUGGGUGCCAGAACUGCAGGGCAUAAAGGGAGCAGACAUCCACACCCCCUGGGUAUUGAGCAGUGCUGCUCUCUCCCAGACAGGAGUAACUCUAGGCGAGUCCUACCCACGGCCAGUGGUGACAGCCCCAGAGUGGAGCCGACACAUCCCCCAGAGGCCUGGAGGAAGUCCCCAUCCCAGGGGCAGGAGGGGACCUGCACAGGUGCCAGCGCAGCACAAAGACAGAGGGAUAGAUUUUUACUUCUCUUGCAAGAAAGAUGCUUGCUGAAGGCUGGAAGAGCACUCAGCAAGAGGUUUUUCUGCUGAGGGUGCCUGGAUAAUGGUUAAUCACCUUGAACAAGCCAAAGAUAGAGGACUGGCAUGGUAAAGUAAGUCAGGAUCUGCCCGUCUGGUGUUCCCAGGGACACUCGCUGGAUGUGGGUAUUUGCAGGUUGUGUAGCACCUCUCCUUACAAGCUGGAGCCGUGGUUUAUGUGGCAGGUGUUCAGUCAGAACUGAAAGUUCUUAUGCUAAUUUUUCAUGUUUUAAAGUUUUAAACCCACCAAUCAUUGUACAAUUAAAAGUUUUGCUACUGGAA